UGUGUAAAACGGUUGGCAAGGCUUGGAAGUGAAUGAAAAGCUCCACAAGGUCUGAGCGCCGCAGCUCGGCUCGGCUAUUGAGCCUUGGCAGCAGAGUUAGCUCAGACAUUCCAAUGCAGUGAGGCAGCAGCGGGGAUAUUCUACACACACGGCUCGCCUCUUCUGCGGCAGGCGAAUCCGAGCAAGCAGGCCAGCUCAACCCGUCCGCAACCGCAGGUUAGUCGAUCGCCUCCUUUGCCUUCCUGAGCUUGAAUUCGCAAUCGUCGGUGUACGUGGAUGAGAGCCGGACGCGAUGGCUCGGGACCAGGUCCCCGUCUGCAAAGAUGGGAAGACCAGCCCGUUGUUCAUUGGCAAGAACGGAUUGGGAAUCCCCACUGAAGGGCAAGCCUUCGGUGAGCUACAUAUGUGACUUCAAGAUCUGUUGGCCUCUUUGUGGAGGAGAGAGUUUUAAUGACCGUGAGACUGGAAAUAUCCCUGCCUAAGAGAAAGGCAGAUGGGGGUGAGGGAAGAAGCAGAUAGAUGGCCUACCUAUGGUCCAGGGCUGCAGGCAUUCAGUGCACCUGGCUGCUAGAGGCAAUGGCAAGUCUCCAAGUUUUGCAUUUGAUGCCCAAGCAGAAGUGGGCUGGACUCCUCACAAUGGUUUGGUGUAUACCUGUGUGCAACUUGCAGGGGGAGGAAAAAAAGUGAGCCUUGUUAUAUACUUGGUAUAUAUACUCUAUGGUGAUCCCUCUGCAUGUGACUACUUCAGUGGACUGGAUUGAGUCCAUAGUGAUGUCGGUUGCAGAUACAGUACAAAAACAGAUAUCUAUAUGUGAAAUAGAUAAGAGGAGGCAACUGAUUAGAAGUGGCAUGACCUAAGGAACAAUUACCUUUCCCCAACUUGUUCUUCUAAGACAUGUAGCAAGAAACAAGGCAACAUAUAUAUAUCCUAUGAUGGAAGUAUUUACUUGUGGGAGAAAAACCCCCAAUGCUAUUCCAAACAAAUACUCAAGAAUUCUGUGACAAUCCAGUGUUGACAAAAUUUCGGAUGCUAUUAAUAACACAGCUUUGUUGUCUGCUGUGUGUCUGCUGUGAAGACAUAGCAGUUUUGUUUUUUACUUCAGUGCUGUGAUGUAAUGAGUGAUGUUUGAGGAAAAGCAGGGUAGUAUCUGAAGCUUGUGUGUCACAAUGAUCUCUGAAGAAACAGUGUUAUCUGAAUUUAUGUUUUUUUGCAGAGUGUCAACCAGAAAGGAAAUGGAUAUAAAGAUUAAAGCACCUGUUAUGAAAAUACAAAAAAAUUAGAUGCACACAACUCUUUCUUCCAAAAACUUGAAGAAAAGCUGUUCAGUAUUUUUAUUUUACCACAUGAAGAAGAAAUGACUGAUAGCAAAAAACCCUGGGAGAGAGGCACAUGUAUCCCUACUUCUUUGGAGUUUCUCAACAUAAAUUAUGACAUUAUACAGAAAAGCUACAAAAGCAACACUAUGCAUAACCACUUAUAUAAAGCAUGUGAUUCUUUUCCAAACAAAGACAAAUGUUUAGAAACUGGAAUUCCUUCUUCACUGGAAAGAACUGUGUAUACUGAAAUUCAAUUACAAAUGGAUGGAUCUCAGGUAGAGCUGAAGCCACUAAGAAGUCUGUCUUCAGUAAAUAAAGAUGAAAUGGAGAGUGCUGAUCUCAACUGUGUUAAAGAGAGAAAGAAUAUCUCAGAAAGUUUCUGUACCUUGCACAACAGCUUCAUUUGGAAUGACUGCUUACAGCCAGGAAAGGCUUAUAAUGACUGCACCAAUAAUUCCACAGCUUGCACUUGUAAAUUAAUGGAACUACCAACUACCUGUGGGAAUAAAACUGGACAACAGUUGUGUGAUUCUUAUGACACUUCAGUGGAUAACUAUUUGUAUUUGAAAAGAACAGCCCAAAAACUCAAUGUGGCAUGCUUAGGUGACAGUUUUUCUAGUGGUAAUUUUACUGGAAGAAUGCCUUCAAAGCCCAUUUUGAGCCAUUUUGAAAACUACAAUGAGAGUUAUGGAGAAGAGAUGGAGGAAGAUUUUUCUCGAAGUAAGAAAGAGCGCUCCACUUUAUUAGUCAGAAGAUUUUGCAAAAACGAUAAGGAGGUUAAGAAAUCAGUUUAUACUGGAACAAGAGCAAUAGUUAGAACUCUACCAUCAGGACACAUAGGAGCUGUUGCUUGGAGUUGUGUUGACCAGAGGAGAACCCACAAUGAAUUAAGACACUGUAGGAUUAUAUCAGAAGAGCUAAUAACGUUUCAAAUUUCAGUAAGCCAAGUGUUACGUUCUUGCCUUCUGCAAUCUAUAUGGCAUGGGAUCUUUAGGUCAGCAAAAGGAACAGAAGAUUCUUCAGAACAUCUUUCCUACCCUGUGAGGGAACCAAUAACACCACAACACCACCAUGCAGAUUGUUGGUGCAAAGGCAACAACUCUUGCGUAAAACUAUGUCCUCAAAGAGCUCCUGAAUACCGUGCUACUUUAUGCAGGACUUCCCUUUCAAAUUUUAUCAGUGGUGCUCUACUAGAAGCAACUACAUCAUUGGGAGCUAGAAGUGGUACACUAAAUAUUUUAGGAGGAUCAACUGGAAAGACCAUGCUAAAAGAACGACAAUUGAGUUCAUCUAUGGCUGGAUCAAAUGCCCUUGCUUCCACUGUACCUGGUAUCAGUAAAGAGCUUGUGGAGCUUCAACAUCUCAUUCAGUUUCCAGAGGAGGUUGCUAGUAUUCUGACUGAGCAGGAACAGGAUCUCUACCGGAAAGUAUUGCCCAUUGACUACCUUUGCUUCCUAACCAGAGAUUUGGGAAAUGCUGAAUGCCAGAGCAAACUUUCAACUAUUAAAGCUUCAAUUUCUGCAGCUCUUCUUUCUGCCCCAAAUGGGGAGCGUAAUGCCAUUGAAGAUCUGGUGACAAGAUUCAAUGAGGUGAGCUCCUGGGUGACGUGGCUGAUUCUGACUGCUGGGUCUAUGGAAGAAAAACGAGAAGUCUUCUCCUAUGUGGUGCAUGUGGCAAAAUGCUGCUGGAACAUGGGCAACUACAAUGCUGUCAUGGAGUUCUUGGCAGGGUUAAGGUCACGGAAAGUUUUAAAAAUGUGGCAAUUCAUGGACCAGUCCGAUAUUGAAACAAUGCGAAGUUUGAAAGAUGCCAUGGCCCAACAUGAAUCAUCAUCUGAAUAUAGAAAGGUUGUCAACAGAGCUCUGAAUAUCCCAGGCUGUAAAGUCGUUCCUUUCUGUGGUGUAUUUUUGAAAGAACUCUGUGAAGUUCUAGAUGGGGGUGCAAGCCUAAUCAGACUCUGUCCUCAAUAUAACUCUCAGGAUGAAACGUUGGAGUUUGUUGCAGAAUACAAUGGGCAAGAUAACUAUUUACAACGGGUAGGUCAAGAUGGCCUACAUAAUAUGGAAAAAGAAUCAACCGCUAACUACAUCUUUCAGACCAUUCGAAGUUGUAAUCGUAGCUUGGAAUCCGAAGAUGGAGAAGAUAAUUGUAUUGAAUGUGAAGGUGGACAUUCCAGAAAAAAUUCUUUGAAGGACAGAAACCGCUAUCAGUUUAUAACCGGAGAUCUGUCAGAUUCAGAAGGUGACAUAUUUGAGCAAUCCAAAGAAUGGACUACACAGACAGCUGAAGAGCAGCAGCAGGGUUUCAGUCAUGGAAUAGAGCUCAUUCCCUGGUAUGUGCUGUCAAUCAGAGCUGACAUCCAUCAGUUCAUGCUGCAAGGUGCAACAGUCAUACGUUAUGACCAAGAGACACAUUUUUCAGCACGCUGUUUCCUUCAGCUUCAGCCUGACAAUAGUACAUUGACAUGGAUGAAGCCAAUCACUGCUUGCUCUGCAAAUUCUAAAAUGAAACUGAGCAUGCUGGGUAGCACAGCUGAACUUGGGAAAUUUCCAUUUCUUGGCAAUACUGGAUUAAAUGGACUUGUGGAGGGUUACUUAGACUUGUUCUCAGCGAAGGCAGUGUAUAUGGGGCAUUCUGGCAUUGAUAUGCAUGCUGUGUGCAUUCAGAAUAAACUUUGCAACAUGUCCCUUGAAGAGAAUGGUGUCACACUAUUGUAUGGACUUCAAACUACUGAAAAUAAGUUGUUGCACUUUGUUGCUCCAAAAUAUACUGCUAAAAUGCUCUUUGAUGGAUUGCUGGAGUUAAUGAACGCUACAAGAAAGAUGAAGAAAUUUCCUGAUCAGAGAUUGCAGUGGCUGCGGAAACAGUAUGUCAGCCUUUACCAGGAGGAUGGCCGAUAUGAAGGCCCAACCUUGGCUCAAGCUGUUGAAUUGUUUGGAGGGAGGCGUUGGAGUACUAGAAAUACAAGCCCAGGAAGCCUGACGAAAAAUGUGGAGAAACCAAGCGUCCAAAGAAACAGCACUCUGGGAAUCAGCACAGCUAAGAAAAAGAAGAAAGUGCUCAUGAGGGGUGAAAGUGGAGAUGGUACCGAUGAUGAGAUGGCAACCCGAAAAGCAAGACCUUUUAGAGAAAAUCGGAGUAGAAGUGGUUCAGACCCUCAAGAUGUUGAUGAGCAAGAAGAAGCAGAACCAACUCUUCUGGUUACUUUUUCUGCUACCAACACUCUGCCUUCCAGAAGAACGCAAUCUCUGAUUACCUCAGUGCCACCUAAUGUAACCCCUGGGGUCUCUUCACCUGUCAGGCCAGUAUCUUCUCCUGUAAUGUCUUCAUCAAUAAAAGGUCAAUCUAGCACAUGGAGCAGCAGUAGCUGGCAUGGAAGAGUAAAAGGGGGAUUGAAGGGCUUCCAAACCUGCAUGGUUUCCGAUAGCAACAUCAGUUUUGUUGAAUUUGUAGAGCUCUUCAAGUCUUUCAGUGUUCGAAGCCGGAAGGAUUUGAAGGAUCUUUUUGAUAUAUAUGCUAUACCCUGCAAUCGAUUGGGUUCUGAUUCUGCUCCACUGUAUACCUCUUUGAAGAUUGAUGAGAAUACAAAUGGACUCCAACCUGAUUUAGAUUUACUAACUAGGAACAUAUCAGAUUUGGGCUUGUUCAUUAAGAACAGACAGCAGCUAUCGGACAACCAGCGACAAAUAUCUGAUGCUAUUGCUGCAGCGAGCAUUGUUACUAAUGGCACUGGAGUAGAGAGCACAUCUCUGGGAAUAUUUGGAGUGGGCAUCCAGCAACUCAAUGACUUCUUAGUAAAUUGCCAAGGAGAACACUACACGUACGAUGAAAUCCUCAGUAUUAUUCAGAAGUUUGAGCCCAGCAUCAAUAUGUGCCAGCAGGGACUGAUGUCAUUUGAAGGAUUUGCACGGUUUCUGAUGGAUAAAGAUAAUUUUGCCUCUGUGAACAACGAGUCUCAAGAGAACAUUGAAGAUUUGCUAUUCCCACUGUCAUAUUAUUACAUUGAGUCUUCACACAAUACCUAUCUCACGGGACACCAGCUUAAAGGAGAAUCCUCAGUAGAACUUUACAGCCAGGUUCUAUUACAAGGCUGCAGGAGUGUGGAAUUAGAUUGCUGGGAUGGUGAUGAUGGAAUGCCUGUAAUUUAUCAUGGGCAUACACUAACUACUAAGAUUCCUUUUAAGGAAGUAGUGGAAGCUAUUGGUCGCAGUGCUUUUAUCACCUCAGACAUGCCAAUUGUCAUAUCUAUUGAGAAUCACUGUUCCUUGCCUCAGCAGCGAACGAUGGCUGACAUUUUCAAGAAUACAUUUGGAGAUAAGCUGGUUACCAGAUUUUUAUUUGAGAGUGACUUUUCUGAUGACCCAAUGCUACCUUCUCCCCAUCAACUGAGAAGAAAGAUUCUGCUUAAAAACAAAAAGCUCAAAGCUCACCAAACUCCAGUGGAUAUAUUAAAACAGAAGGCUCAUCAGCUAGCAUACAUGCAAGCUCAGGCGAGCAAUGGUGGUAAUGUGGGGAACCUCUCCACUACUAAUGAAGAAGAGGAGGAUGAAGAAGAGGAGGAUGACUAUGACUAUGAGUCUCUCUCUGAUGCUGAUGUCCUUAAUGCUUCUCCUGCUCCUAACAGCCAGGAAGAUAAUAUUUUGGAAGACCGACCUGAGAAUAAGUUAACCAUUGAUAAGCUUCAAUUUGAAUACAAUGAAGAAACUGCAAAGCGAGUAAAGAAGACAGAAAGCAGUACAUACAACAAUAAAGGAAAGGUUUAUGACAUGGAAUUAGGGGAAGAAUUUUAUCUUUCUCAAAAUAAAAAAGAAAGCAGACAAAUAGCACCAGAACUGUCAGAUCUUGUCAUCUACUGUCAAGCUGUGAAAUUUCCUGGAUUGUCAACUCUAAAUCCAUCUUGCUCUAGCAGAGGGAAGGAACGGAAGAGCAGGAAGUCCAUUUUUGGCAACAACCCUGGAAAGCUGAGCCCAGGGGAGCCAGCAAUGCUUGCCAAAUCAUCUGGAAAAGGUGCCUUGGAUAGUGCACGUCAGACCUCUGAAGAACCUUUUUCACCUGCAUUUAGCCCUACAACUUCUCUCAGUUCUCUAAUAAGGACACCUCGAUGUUACCAUAUCUCCUCUUUGAAUGAAAAUGCUGGCAAGCGCUUGUGCAGACGAUAUUCUCAGAAGCUGAUACAGCACACCACCUGCCAGCUGCUGAGAACCUACCCAGCUGCUACACGUAUUGACUCAUCCAAUCCUCAUCCUCUUCUGUUCUGGUUACAUGGGGUACAGCUAGUGGCACUGAACUACCAAACUGAUGAUCUUCCUCUACACCUAAAUGCAGCAAUGUUUGAAGCAAAUGGUGGUUGUGGGUAUGUUCUGAAACCACCUGUUUUGUGGGAUAAGAACUGUUCAAUGUAUCAACACUUUUGUCCUUUAGAACGAGAUUUGGACAAUAUGGAACCAGCUAUUUAUUCAUUGACAAUUGUGUCUGGACAGAAUGUUUGUCUUAGCAACAGCACAGGAAGCCCAUGCAUUGAAGUUGAUGUGCUUGGGAUGCCUCUGGAUAGCUGCCAUUUCCGCACUAAGCCUAUUCAUCGCAAUACUCUCAAUCCCAUGUGGAAUGAACAGUUCCUUUUCCGGAUUCAUUUUGAAGAUCUAGUCUUUCUUCGUUUUGCAGUUGUUGAAAACAAUUCUUCAGCUGUGAUGGCUCAAAGAAUCAUUCCACUGAAGGCUUUAAAAAGAGGAUACAGACAUCUGCAGCUACGAAGCCUGCACAACGAAGCACUAGAAAUCUCAAGUUUGUUUAUUAACAGUCGAAGAAUGGAAGAAAAUCCUUCUGGAAAUGUUGUACCUGCUUCUUUGCGGUUCAGCACGGCAGAGAGGAGAAUGGCUGCUAUGUACAAAGUUACCAUACAUGGUGUUCCAGGACCAGAACCUUUUACACUUUUUACCAUAAGGCAAGGAACUACAGCAGCUCAGCUUCUGCAUCAAAUUUUGGCUGCUACAAAAGGUAUUGGAAGAUAUCCCACAGACUAUUUUUUGAUGGAGGAGAAAUGCUUUAUAUCUAAAGAAAGAAAUGAGUACAGGAAGCCGCCCUUCCAAAGAGUGCUUAGUCCUGAGGAAGAGCUUGUUCAGCUUUUGAACAGCUGGUUCCCAGAAGAAGGCUACGUCGGAAGAAUUAUCUUUAAAACCCGUGAGGAAAGCUUAAACAGGAGAAAUCUCUUUCUGGAGGAGAAAGAUGAUGCAACCACUAGCUCUGAGGAUGACAUCUUUUUUGUUCAAGUUCAUGAUGUUUCCCCAGAGCAGCCUCGUACAGUUAUCAAAGCUCCCCGCUUCAGCACAGCUCAGGAUGUCAUCCAGCAGACUUUAUGCAAAGCUAAAUAUUCCUACAGUAUUCUGAACAAUCCCAACCCAAGUGAUUAUGUUCUCUUGGAGGAAGUGACAAAAGAGUCAGCAAACAAGAAGUCCUCAACACCCAAAACAUCGCAGCGGAUUCUUUCUGACCAAGAGUGUGUGUUUCAGGCUCAGAACAGGUGGAAGGGAGCUGGGAAAUUUAUCCUUAAACUUAAAGAACAAGUUCAAGCAGGCCGAGAUGAUAAAAGAAAAGUUAUUUCAUUUGCUAAUGAACUUAAGAAAUUGACUAAAUCAAGUAAGCAGUACAGGGGCUUUAUAACCCCCCCUCUACAAACUUCUUCAGAGGGUCUGCAAGGUAAAGAUGACAAGACUGCAUCCAGUUUGACUUUCAGUGACACUAUGGAAUAACCUCCAGAGAUUUGUAUUCAGGGAAUUACAAAGGCCUUAAAUACAAGAGACAAAAGCCAGUGACAUUGACAGAAGCAGAGAAAAUGAUGGAGAUGUGUCGAUUCCUUCACCUCCUUCUGUGAGCAGUCUGUCUUCUUUUGGGGGUGGGUGGUAUAACUGGAACAUGUCUAAGUAAGAGACAAACCUUGAUGCAGUGGAGAAAGUCACUGCUAAGGUACUGGCUGGUCCAGCUGAAACUCAGAUGCCAGUGCAGAUGUAAUCUAGUCACUGCUCCUGGUGGCAAAUUCUGUGAAUAGUGAAUGAAGUUAUAUUUUUAAGGCUUCAGAGGAUUACCCGGGAAGCAUUGGAAAUUAUACCCCCCUUUGUGUUCACAUUACCCUCCUGUCCAAAGGUAAUGAAAGUAUACACCUUAAAUUGUCCAUUGCAAAUAGAAACCUGCCUUUUUAGAAUAAGAGUUUAAUUAGGCAUCUUAAGGGAAAAUGAAGGUUGAGGAUGUUCUGUAGUACGUUACAUUUAAAAAUGCACUUUUAAAAGUUCCUUCUAAACACAUACUUUUAGGUGAUGCAUACAAAAGUACAUUGUAACUCAUAAAUUUCAGUAUGGAGAAUAUAAACAGUUUAUGAUUUGUCACCUUAAUGUCAGUGUCCAGUUGUCAAUAUACAUUUCUUCAUGCAAUGUAUCCUAGUUUUUGUUUUUUUAAAAAUGAUUAUUUAUUUUAAUAUGUACCACUGUAUAAUGUAUUUAUCGUGGCUUGCUUUACAGAAAAAUUAUACAGUAUGUAUCUCGGUUUUGAGAAGAUAAGCAUUAUAAUAAAAAGUACAUUCAGGUUAAGCAUUCUGAAGUUCAGUAGUUGACUAUUAUAAAGGUGUUCUGGGGGGGGGGAAAUAACAGCUUGAAUUUUCCCCCCAUCUGAAUUCUUAACAAAAACUUCAACAUUGUAAUGUCAAAGUAAAAAAACUAUUGUGAAAGUAUUUUCAUUAUUACUGUAGUUGGCAGCCUUAUUUAAGGAAAAAAGCCAUUUAAACCUAAAGCAUAUUGAAGUGUUCAUUUCAUUGUCAGUAUAAAUAACCCACUUCUAUUUACGUAAAAAUAUUUGUAAAAAUUUGUAUGUGCUUGCAAAAUCAUGGGCUUUUGGUGUUUUUAUAAGGCUGUUAGCACUGCCUAUAACUUUUCUUCCUUUUGUCAAUAUACAAU